AUGGACCGCGAGGCUGCCGAGUUGUCGCGAGAACGUGCGGUCUCUUCAGAGCCUUGCUCAACUCGACCCAAUCCAUUCGACGAAUCCGUAACCUCCUCCAGAAAACGGCAGCGUGUAUCACGCCCAGACUCACGCAGCAGAUCUGUCGAUACCGCCCGCCAUUCAGACCAGGUGCCUGAUUCCAGUCCUCUGCGGGAAGACAGUACAAAUCCCGACUCUGAGCCUCCCCCCCUACCUCAAACCCCAACCCGAAUGCCUUCCGAAGGUCCACCACCGCCAGAGCCUACCUCCAGCAGGGUCACCAUCAACCUCCGAACUGUCCGCCCUCUAGAGUCAAUACCCUCGUCCCCGCCUUCUCCAUCCAGGAUGACCAACAGCAGAGAAGAUGUGGCUACAAGAGCAAGCGUGGAAUCAGAGAGUGAUGCAUUGUCAACAAUUCCAGCUAUCGAGACGCCUUCUUCAUCGCCGUCGGAGCGACGCAGUCCUUCAAUCGAGCUAAUAACUAUAAGUGAUGAUGGUGGAGACUUUGGAAGUCGGAGCCCACCAGUGGCUAUUCUAGACGGGGAUACAGUCUUCACCAACCCGAUGCUGGAUUUCCCAUUUCUAGAUGACCAAUCUUUGGUGGAUGCCGUUGCGAGCCUUAAAAAUUAUAUGCAAUUUGAUGAGUGUAGCAAUGAAGAUGGCUUCUGCAGAUUUCGCGACUGGAUGGAAAGCUACUUGAAUUAUGCAAACGAUUAUCGAACCUUUCACGAAUCAUAUCUAAAGCAUCGAGAUUUCUGGAUCGCCUUCCCCCAGAUCAUAUGGGCAUUGAGUUAUCGAAGCAAAUUCUUCGGGAGUUGGCUGCACAAUCGUCGAGAUGGCCGCCAAGCAGUGACAGAAAUGUUCUCACAAUUUGCCCGACUUGCUGGUAGAUUUGUAGGAAUGGACGUCAAAACACUGGCAUACCACGCUCAGAAAGGCGACACCGACGAGAUUCCGGACCUUGGAGGCUUUCCGAUGAUGAAGGCUUAUGCGUGGCUACUGAAAAAGGAUGAAACACAGCACAUUGGCCGUAAUCUGGACACACACUAUCGCUGGAACUGGGACGAAACAGCUUUGCUCAUGACCAAUAGCUUUCAAGAAGAAGGCGGAUCACUCCCGAAUCUUACCAAACUGGUCAAGGGUCAACUAAUGCUGAUAUCACAAGUUCCAAGGAUCAUCGACAAGUUGGUAGAGCCUUGUCGCUUGGCCGUUAAGAUCGUCGCCGAUGCUUCGAGAGUUGUGGAGCAGCCAACCCAUCAAGAAUGGGCUCGACAUGCUCGGGAACAAAUAUCCCAAGGCUUUGACUUCUUCAAAGUCAUGGCUCUGGGUCUCGAACACAUCAUUGAGAAGCAUGUCACAUACCUCACCCCUGAUGCUGCACAUUGUUACUUGUCUAGUCUAAGCUCUAUCCUACGUAACGCGCUUGUGUCUAAUAGCGAGGCGACUAAAGAUAUGACCGAGCGCUACCGCGUAGAGCAUUCAGAACUUCCUCUUAAGAUGUUGCCGAAGAUUAUCUCUGUGGACUGGAGGUUUACCAUCUUGAAGAAGCUCAUCACAUCGACACAGAUGCAAUUACGCGUAGUUGGAGUCACAACUAUGUGCACAGACUUACUCAGUUUAUAUAACGCCCACAAAGAUGCCGCCGAGCCACCUCGAAAUCCUCUCCUUUUUCAUUACACCCAGUUCAUUCUCGAGAACAAGCUUGUCGAGUACAUUGUUGGCAUCGGAUCGCAUCCCGAAAUAAUCAAUGAGAGCAACAGCAUUUUGGGCUUCUUGAUUGCUACAAAGACUUACCCACCGGAGCUGACAGACUUGAUUUGGCAAACAGUGAUGACUAGCCAAGACCCAAGAGUGGUGGAGGCCAUUCUGCGAAUGGUCAGGCAAGUUGUAAAUUUAUUUGACUACCGGGGUCUCCUCCGCAUGUGUGAAAAGACGUGCGAGCUCCCUAUCGAGGCAUUUACACUUCCAAUGCGCGAAUUUUAUGAGAUUCUUCUUCGCCAUUUCGUUAACAAGGGGUCAACUGAGGGUAUUCAAUACAUCGAUGCACCACCAUACGACCUGUGCAUACGACUCAUUCGUGAGUCGUCAAUCAUCACACCAGAAGCUCCGACUGGAUAUCCAGACAUCCAAGCCUUCGCUGCUUCACGGCUCCGAGAGCUCCUCGUGCACGGUCCAGCCACUGAUGUUCGGAAAACCAUAUAUCAAAGCUGCAUAGACGAUGUAUCAUCAAGAACCUCCACUGCUGCAGGUAGUAUUUGCGUCAUCAACACGAUUCUACUUCGGCAUAAGCCAACCGACUUGCAUACUCUCACCACGCAGCACGGCCUCACCCAACUACUAGUCGAGGAGUUAGAACAAGCCGUCACCGGAGAACGACAUCCAUCUGUCAUGAACAGCCCGGCAAGUGCCGCUCGCCGUGAACUGCUUCUAAUGAUAAUUAUCAAUGAACCAAAUACGAUCUCGGAAGAUCUAGGGCGGCGGCUCUGGGACCACCUCGUUGGCAUCAAGUCGAGAAGUGUCACCGACAAGAACACGUCGUGGAGUAUUCUCAACACGGCCAUCAAAAAGUCGCCCAACAAUGCGUUCAUUACAACGUGUUUUAGACAGUAUCUUCCGACUCUCCCACCUGAUCGUUUCACCACUGGGGCAUUGGACUUUGCGCGAGCAUAUGUGAGUUCUUGGCUUGGGGAGAUAGGUGAUGAAUUUUCGGAAGAUCAAUCAUUCGAGUCACCUGCCGUUCAACAAAUAUGGCAGAUGAUUCUGAGUGCGCCUCCAAAUACUAUUGAUGCUGCCGCAAUCGGCACCAUCGUUGAGGUCUACGUUGAUAGUGCACUCAUUUCGUCUAUCCCUCGGACUAGAGCUCGAGACAUUCACCUCGCACUUGUCGGCCGUUGCUUAAAGCAGCUCGCAGAGGCAGCAUCGAAACUUAAAGCAUUUAGUGACGAAACCUCGAGCAGCGAUGAUGAUGGCAUGGUCAUUGUUCCCUCUGAAGCUCAAUUCCAAGACCAAGAGAGAAUAUUCGCCAGAUCCCUAGCCGUUUUACGCGAGUUCCUCAAGGCUUACCAGUCGAAGCCCCAAUUUUCCGUUCCCAAACCUAGGUUUCCUCCACCCCUAAUCUCGAAGAGCAAUGAAGGCGAACUCUUGGUAGUCAAAUAUCAGUCUUUUGACGGCAAUACGCACACCGAAAUACGGCAUCUGACUCUUGGCAAAUUGAACACACCAGCAUCUUUGUUCACAAGCCUACAGAAGGCCACUGGCUUCCAAAACUACAAAGUGUAUAAUGGAGGCAAGGAGAUCACAUCCAGCGAAGCCGAUGUUUGUCCAUCGAUCGAAGAAUUAGACCUCAAGGGCCUCGUGUUGGUUCAGAGUCGUGAAGAUGCAGAUGGGCCUACCUCCCCUUCUGAUGGCAGCAAGAGUACGCUCGAAGCCGAGAUUGUGAAACAUUUCGAUGAACUGUGGGGGUAUCUAAGUAUGCAUGAAACUGUGGCGCAAGAGAUAUAUUAUUUCCUAGUCCAGUUCCCGAUUUACGAUCGAAUAUUGAGGGAUUUUGACUCAGAAAAAGCAUAUUCUGAGAUAUUUCCACGGGCCCGUCCGUUCAAGUCUUUGUAUGCGGUACAUGCCCUCCGCCAGCACAUUAUCAGUCAAUCCCACAAGGGGGCUGUUGAUGAGGCCAUCUUAACGAGAGCAGUAUCUCUCAUAGUUGCAGCUAUCUCCGACCCGGAGGUCCUUCGAGAGUGCGCAAAUGAUGAGCUGAGAGACUGCCUUGCACUGCACCUGAUCGAUUGUUUGGUGCAGCUCUUGAAAGAACCAGUACUGCCCUUAACUAUCCCAACCCUUCUUGACGAGGUUCUUCUGAGGCGCCUGUUGCAAAUGCUCGAAGACUCGAGGUUAACUCGAACUACGCAAAACUCUGUACAUUUGGUAUUUAGGAUAUUUGAAGCUAUUUUAGAAGCUUCUCUUUACAGCCCCGAGCUGUGGAAGUUGUUUGUUUCUCAUCUCGAGAACACUUCAUUGCUUCGAGACCUUCUACUAGAAGAUCCCCAUUCGGUCACCAGAAAAAGCAUCGUGAAGCAUAUCACCAACAAGUGCAGUUUCACCCCCAGCCUGGCUCAAGUCUCAAGUAUGGAUUUUGCGACGGCCUUUUGGCCAUUAGUAUCCGCCCUAAUCCCUGAAGCAACUCUUUAUCCUGAACAAUGUGACGACACGUUAACUCUGUCUCUUACCCUCUUCAAGAAGCUAGCGGGAUCGGACAUCCACUUCUUCAACCUUGGGGACCUCAUGAAGCAAUGGGGCUUCCUGUUACUCUCGCAUGAUAGUAGAGAGAUCGUUGGAAAUUUAGAUAGCAUGGAUAGAGUUACUAAUGGCCUGAUCAAUCUUUUGUUCUGCGGCGCGUCCUUUGCAAAGGCUUCUCAGCAAGACUUGUCAUGCAGCUCGCUUGGGACCGAGCUCUUUCGGAAACACCUCUUCCCCCCAAUUGAUAGCACAAUUCCCAAACUGGAUGAGAUCCUCGUCCCGAAAAUUCCCUUGCUUAAUCCUUUAACUCGUCAUACGAUGUCUGAGACCGUAUUUUUCCUGGUGAAAGAUGAUCCUACACAGUACAAUGAAGUGUUGGCCUCUCUGGAGAGUCUUGUGGUUCAUGAUGAAGCAAUCGAGGAUGGCCCAUACACCUACGAGCUCCCAUUCAUGUUCGACAGGAGCAAGUCUAUCAGAUCCCACACUGGCUAUGUUGGGCUCAAGAAUCUCUCAAAUACAUGCUACCUAAAUUCACUAUUUACACAACUCUUCAUGAAUGUAUCCUUCAGAGAGUUCAUGUUGACUGCCCCAGUGGCUGAUGGCGAAGAUUCUCAGAAGCUUCUUUCCCAAACGCAGAUCCUAUUCAGUCACAUGCAGAACACACUCACAAGAUUUGUAGAUCCACAAGGUCUCGCAGGGUCUAUCCGUACCUAUGAGGAGACCAAUAUUGAUGUCAACAUUCAGAUGGAUGUCGAUGAAUUUUACAAUCUACUUUUUGAUCGCUGGGAGAGCCAGAUUCUUGCCCCGGAUGCAAAGAAACAGUUCCGGGGUUUCUAUGGUGGCCAACUAGUACAGCAAGUGAAGUCGAAAGAAUGUCCUCAUAUUUCCGAGCGCCUGGAACCGUUUUCGGCUAUUCAGUGUGAUAUUAAGGGUAAGACGUGCCUGCAAGAGAGUCUGCAAGCUUAUGUCGAUGGCGAGAUUAUGGAAGGCGACAACAAAUAUAAGUGCUCGACGUGCGAUCGUCAUGUUGAUGCUGUCAAAAGGGCAUGUUUGAAAGAUAUUCCUGACAAUUUGAUUUUCCAUUUGAAGAGAUUCGACUUCAACCUGCGUACCCUGCAGCGAAGUAAAAUCAACGACCAUUUCUCAUUUCCUGACAAGAUCGACAUGCGUCCUUUCAAGGUGGAGCACCUGAUGGAUAGCUCUGCAGAAACCCCAGAAGAUGUCUUUGAACUGGUUGGCGUUCUUGUUCAUGCUGGAACUGCGGAGUCAGGACACUACUAUUCUUUCAUCCGUGAGAGACCUUCCACAAGUGAGAAGGACAACUGGGUCGAAUUCAAUGAUGACACCGUAUCAUCCUGGGACCCCAAUUACAUGGAGGCGGCUUGCUUCGGAGGCCUCGAAUCUCGCGGACCUAUCGACAGCGGUACUAUGGCGUAUGAGAAGAGCUACAGUGCAUAUAUGCUUUUUUAUCAGCGUUCAUCAGUGGUCGCGGCGCAAAAACAGGCCUUGGAGGAGUCUAAGCUGCCCAGUCCGGUUCGCUUACCCCUAGCACCGACGUUUGCGAACCACAUCGCCCAGGAGAACGAGCUUCUGAUGCGGAAGUACUGCUUGUACGAUUCUUCGCACGUCAAUUUCGUUUCGAAGAUGCUCUCGAACAUAAAGAAGAUCAACGGAGGCCAAUGUUCCUCUACUCACAACUUGGAAAAAAGGGCUCUGUUUGUUGCUCUUCAUCACCUCGACCAGGUCGUUUCUCGAACUAAGGAACUUCCCGACUUCGUUUCAUUCAUGCUAACGAUACGGCAAAUCUGCAACGCGUGUGCAGAGUGCAGUAGAGACUACCUGGACUGGUUCUGCAGUUACCCGGAAGGCCUUCGUCAGCUGCUUGUAAAAAACCCAGAGUCCCUAGUCCGUGGUGAAAUUGCUUCAUCCAUCCUGUCAGCGUUGAAUAAGGUGAAGUCGGACGCGGCAUACGCUUACGGGAUCAGUGAGGAUGAAUUGGAAGAUGCCUCUAGCGAUAACGACCCUCAGUUGAUCUACAGACUUAUGAAGAAUCUGGAUAGGCUUUGGGAAAUUUUUCACACAAAUUGCCGCGCAUGGCCAGAGUACUUUGGUUUGCUCGCUAGUAUUGCUAGCUUGGGAGAACCAGAAGCAACUCUCCUGUUGGACACAGGCUUCUUGCACAGAACUUUGGAUAUUGUCAACGCCGACCCUCUGCUGAAUCUUACUCCGCAAUUUUCACGCAUGCUCAACAUCGUCAACAAGCGCGUCAAUACACGGCCCGUGAACUACGAGGCGGUCAUCACUCUUCUGUUAAAGCUGUUGCAAACUUGCGAUCCUUCAGAAAAGGUUGUGCCUGACAGGGCCCCAAGACUUGACUUAGCACUGGCUGCGGCACCAAUCCCGCUUGCGCAAUCGGAAUAUGCUCAGCUCACACAGCACUGGACCAGGAGCGAAGCUCAUAUCUGCGUGGAGAAGCUUCUUCAUAUCCACCAGAAUCCAUUGGCAACGAGGCAAAUUAUUAUCACUCUUUUGAAGUGGCCAGCGGACUUCGAUUCUGCCAUCGAUUUCCAUAUCUACCAAGCUCUUUCGCACGGGACUCGGAAAGGUGUGACUGCCUACCCUUGCAGUCCGUUCCUCAAAGCCGCAGUCAUUUACAUCGAGCACUCGGAAUCAGACUCGAAUAGGGCGCUGGCGCUGAUAGGUCAUAUUGCCCGAGCUGCCAGCCAUGUUGACAACUCGGAAGGCUGGGCAUUCUUGCACUUCUUCAAAGAUAUCAUGGGUCUGCAAUCCAUCUCCGAAAACAGCCAUGUCACACUCGAGGAGGUCUACGCCACAUGUCUUGAUAACGUCGGUAACUGGGCGCCCAGCCUACUGACUCACUUCGACAGUGGAGUCCGGACGGAUACCGAGCAAUUCCUGUACGAUUUCAUAUUCGCCAACAGCCCCGAAGAAUCAUCCGAGGAUUCUGACGACACAAUUACGGCUUUUGAGGGUGUGCAGAAGCUAGCGAUUGAUUGCCUCAAUUACCUACAUGAGACAUAUAUUCGACCGCGCCAGACAGUUGUAAGGGCGACGCUAGUUAAUAUUCAUGAGGUUAUUAGCAAGGCGUCGCCGUUUUUCGAGAUUCUAGAGGCAGAUGACCCGCAAGGAAUUAAGUACUUCAAUAUGAGAGAUUCGAUUAUUCCCAACCUCAAAAAAUUCAUAGUCGAAGAAGCAGACGAAGAAGUUUCCGACUGGAACGGUUCUGAAGACGAAUAUGGCUCCUCAGAACCCAUGGGCGAGUCUAUCACCGACCUCUGCGCUCCCCUCCCCGACGACGAUAUUCAACUCUGA